AAUUUUUAUUAUUUUAAAUCUAUAUUUAGAUUAAUUAAAAAUAGAAAAUCUAUUUUUACAUUUUUAUUGCAAAACUAAUUCUUUUCCACAUUGAAUCAUGGCAGAACAGCAGGAAAUCUCUAAUACACUUCCAGAACAAGAUUGGGCGACUAAGGAAAAAAUUUUGUUAGAUAAAAUAUCAUGUUUGGAACUAACCCAUAGUAAAGAAGUUGAGGACAAUUUAAAAUCAAUUCAAAAUUUGAAAAAUUCUCUUCAGAUUCAAAAUGAAGAACGCGAAAAGGACAAAACCACAAUUGAAUCACUUCAAAACGAACUAACAGAUUUAAAAAAUAAAAGUCCACAAACUUUAUCCCAAGCACAACAAGCUCAAGUGGACAAAGUGAAACUAAUGUCUGAAGAAAUGUUAACAAAAGCCAAAGGUAUUAUCUUCGAUAAAACCAAAGAAUGCAAAAAUCAAGAAUUACAAAUUGAAGCAUUAAAUUCUCAAGUAACGAGUUUAAAGGAAGUGGUCAGAAUAACAAAAGAUUUACUGGAAAUUCGAAAUUUAGAGGUACAACAUUUGGAAGAUAAAAUGAAUGUGAUGGGGCAAAAAAUUGCUGCUGAACGUGAGCGCCGUGAUUUAAUGGAUAAAAAGUUGGAUCAAAUGGUUCGAAUGAAUCAAGAUUUAAAAGAUGAGUAUCAAAUACAAUUGCGAAUUUUUAAUGCUCUUAAAUCAAAAUAUCAUGAAAACUCAGAAGCUCAAAAUGGCGGAGAAAAUUAAUUUAUGUAUUAACUCUUAGAGCCACCGUUUACUAAACAGACUUUUUAUCGAUGGCUAGUUUUUUUGGCAUGUGAUAUGGGAGUGUGAUUUUAAUAAUAAAUUAUAGAAAGUUCAGCGGGUUCCCGAUUAAGCUGAAUUAAAAAUAAGAAGUAACUAGAUUCAAGACUACAAUGGAAGUUUGGUUCAAAGAUAAAAAAGUAUGCGAAAUGUCAUUAAGGUAAAUGAGUUACAGUGAGAUCAAAAAAUUUAUCUCUUCGGAUAUUGUGCAGAAAUGGUAAGAUAUUCUUUACUUACCUUGCUAAAUAUAGAAUUAAAAAUAUACAUAAGAACAUGUACUUAUCGGUUAAAUCGAGAAUUGACGCUAAUUUUUACAUUUAUUGCAUACUGAUAACAAAACUUCACUCUGAUAAGCAAAGUCUGCAUAGAAAUGUGGCUUUUAAGAUGUGUAUAUUUAGAAAAUACGAACAACAUUGAUUGAAAAAUAUAAAUAUUAUCAAACAAUUACA